AGCUCAUCUAUAAUGACUUGGUUUUUGAAACCCGGAGGGCUAUGGUUCGAAUCCGGCUGCGGACAGAAAAGGCCAACUAGAUUUUGGAGAGAUGCUAGUUGAGCUGAGUAGCCAAAGAAAGGCACCGACGCCCAAAUGUUCUGUCCAGCAGAUGGCGCCAUAUGCACAAAGUAAAAAAGUGCAAUUUGUGAAGGAUGUGUAAUUCAGUGGCAAGCAUUACAUUCAGGAACACAUACACAAAAGUUUAUAAAUAGACAAAAACACAUUGUUUCAUCAAUAUAUAGAUCAGUGCACUGCACAGCAUACACCGGAUUGUUUUUGUGGGUAUUGGGUGUGUGGUCUGUCUUGGUUUUGAGGGCCGCCUCUUUAGCCCGUGGGCUGGUAGGAACAUUGUCAGCUCUAUUAUUUGUAGGAUUCAAAUGGUGCCCCGUUUGUGUUCCAGUGUGUGGUAGAAAAAAGUAGAAAAAAAGAAAAUAGAAAGCGUAGGUAGACUGGUCAGUUUAUGUGGGUUUUCCGUAAAACCCAAUAAAACCUGUCGUCUGUCCAAAGUAGCUGGCAACAUAUUGUCUUUGACAUCCUCACGUGUGAACUUAAAUGUGCUCGAUGUAGGCUUGCAGUUGCAUUUGUUGGCGUCUGAUUUGAAACAAUGACUUGCAGCAGUUGCAUUUCAAAGAGUUCCCUUUACGGUCAAAUUUCACGUGAUAGUGACAUCAUCUCCCAUUAAAAUAAGCACGUCCUUGCGGUUUGCGCGUGUCGGGGCGAGACUGCUGGAGACGCACUUUCCAAACAAACACGACCCCAACCAGCGGCGACCGAACCUUCGGGCGAGAACCCUGACUGAAACCAAACAUAAACCAAGCAAACCGACACUUGAGGGCCCCGGCCCCCUUCUUUCUCCUCACUGUUAUUCCUUGCAGGGCCAAGAUGAAGUUGACUUUAUUCGCUCAGCUGUGUCUGUUGAUCCUUCUCUUUCACUCUCAUUCUUCCUCGGCUAAGAGACGACGGGGAUUUUUCGGUAAAAGCUUCGGCUUCAAGAAGCCCUUCUCAUCCGGCCGAGGCAGCAGCCACAGUAGUACCGGCAGCAAAAACAAUCGGGGCAGCAGUUCACAGGGUUCAUACCCCAAACAGCCCUCACAAACCAAUCAAGGAGUUUACAAUCAGCAUCCAGGCAGACCUGGCAGUUACCCCCAACAGCCACAUGGAUCCUCCUAUGGAGGUGGCUAUGGUAGUUUUGGAGGGUCCGGUGGGGUUUAUGGCCGUUAUCCUGGUGGAUACAUCAACCAAAACCCAAACAACCCUAUCCUGAACCCUCGCUAUGGCAGCAACUUUGGAUAUCAGGGCAAAGGUUUUGGGGGAGGCUCUCCAUUUUCCCGCUCAGUUCAAGCAAUGAAUAUAAUGCCCAACGAUAAAUCCAGAGGUUUUGGACGGAGUGCGGUUAUGGCGGCAGCCGGAGGGGCUGUGGCAGGAAGGACUUUGGGCUAUGGCUUAGGAAGGUUUCCUCGUCCUCACUUCCACAACCCUCAGGAGGAGGACUACUACAACCACUACAUGUACAGGAAAUAUGGGAUGAAGUCUACUGAUACUAAUGAUUACGAUCGAGACUCCAGGUACAGUCCGCCCCCUGAGACCUACGACAGCUUCAUGGACUCCUGCAUGAAGAGAACUGAUGUUCUGCCUCCAGCUAACAUGAAUCAAAACGGCAAGUCAGGAGCCACCCCACCGCCUUUGGCUCCAGGCGAGACCAACAACACCAACCCCAGUAACUCCUCUACAUCAUCGUCCCUUUCUCCAACUCAGCCUCAAGCUGAUCUGGUGACUCCUGCCAUUGAGGCUGUCAAGAGCGAAACGGACAAUGACACUGUCAGUAUCGUGGAGAUCGGCUAUCCGGCUCUCAUUAAGCAGGUUCUGGCCAGGAGAUGCUUGGAGCUCUACAUGGUUGACUCAGAAAAGUACAUGAUGAGGCAGACUAGCGGCACACAAGAGGUGUCCUGGAGUUGCAGUGCCAGCACAAUGGUGACGGAAGACCCCACCGAACCCAGCCAAGAUGGGAGGAUGGGAGCAGGGGCCCACCCAAGAAUAGCCCGGCAGACAGGACACCACCCAUACCAAGGGAUCCAGGAGGGUUCAGCACUCCCACCGAAGUGCCCCAUGCAGAACCAGACACCAGAAGGAGAAUGCAGCAACCCGUUGCCGCCCCCCAGCCAACCACCGCUACCCUACGCUACCUGCCACCGACGCUCCCAAGCCCCCACGGUAGAGCGAGAUGCCACCCCCACCCGCACCCAUCUCCAACCCCUCAGCCGGAAGAACUGGAGAAUUAAUGUAUGUUUAGAUAAUGUUCUGAUU